GACUGAGAGCCGGUAGAGACCUGCGCAGGCGCAGGCGCGCCGGGGCGUAGGGGGGGCGAAGCCUGGGUGACGCCCCCGUGCCUGAGGGGACUGGCCGCCAACUCCCCUCGGCUCACUGGUCUGGAAUUUGAAGAAGUGGGUAUUCCCCUUCCCACCCCAGGCACUGACGGAGCGGCCCCCCGGGGAUUCCAGGACCCGAGCUCCGGGAGCUGGACUCGCAGCGGCCGCGGCAGAGCGAGCUGGCGCCGGGAAGCGAGAAGGAGGCGCCCGCCUGAGGCCCAGCUGUCCGGAGCAACUGGCAUGGCCCGAACCAUGGCCGCCGCAUGGCCUCCGCUGCUACUGACGCUACUGGAGCUGUCUUGGCCACCCCCAGGAACCGGGGACAUCAUCGUGCAGGCGCCCACCCAGGUGCCCGGCUUCUUGGGCGACUCCGUGACGCUGCCCUGCUACCUACAGGUGCCCGGCAUGGAGGAGACACACGUGUCACAGCUGACUUGGUCACGGCAUGGUGAAUCCGGCAGCAUGGCCGUCUUCCACCAAACGCAGGGCCCCAACUAUUCGGAGCCCAAACGGCUGGAAUUCGUGGCCGCCAGACUGGGCACAGAGCUGCGGGAUGCCUCACUGAGGAUGUUCGGGUUGCGCGUCGAGGAUGAAGGCAACUACACCUGCCUGUUCGUCACGUUCCCACAGGGCAGCAGGAGCGUGGAUAUCUGGCUCCGAGUGCUUGCGAAGCCCCAGAACACAGCUGAGGUUCAGAAGGUCCAGCUCACUGGAAAGCCGGUGCCCGUGGCCCGCUGCGUCUCCACAGGCGGUCGCCCGCCGGCCCACAUCACCUGGCACUCAGACCUGGGCGGGAUGCCCAAUACCAGCCAGGCGCCAGGGUUCCUGUCUGGCACAGUCACUGUCACCAGCCUCUGGAUUUUGGUGCCCUCAAGCCAGGUGGACGGCAAGAGUGUGACCUGCAAGGUGGAGCACGAGAGCUUUGAGAAGCCUCAGCUGCUGACUGUGAACCUCACCGUCUACUGUGAGUGUGCCCGAGUCAGUGACGGCAAGAUCCCCUGCCAGGCUGCCCCCACCACUGUCUACACUGACUCCCCAAAGCACUGUAGGCAUUGCUUCCUUCAUCUGCACUGGCUCCCCUGACUCCUGUCUACACGACCCACCCCCAUUAUCUGCACCAGCUCCCCUGGGCCAUAAACAGCACUGUCCCUAUUGCCUACACCAGUUUACUCGGGCCAUAGUCAAUGCUGGUACCCAGAUUUUCUGCCCUGGCUCUUCUAGCCACUGUCUGCAUGGAGACCCCACACUCUUGACUCCCUUGAGCACAGUCUACACUGCCCCCAAACUGCCUACACCUGCUUCCCCAGGCAACUAUCCACAAUGACUUUCCCCACAUUGCUACACUGGUUCUCCUGGCCAUGAUCAGCACUGCCUCCCUUCUUGUCUACACACCCACUCCCUUGUCCAUUUCUUUCUUUCUUUCUUUCUUUUU